AUGACCUGCCGCCAGUGCUAUCAGCUUUGUUUCGAAGGCGAUCCCCAGUCCAUCCAGAAGACCGAACGAUGGAAGUAUGUGGGCGAAGGCCGAGGCUCCUACGACGAGCAGUCGAGAUUGACCUACGUCGGCCUCGGGAAGGGCAACAUUGACAAGGAGCUCCCACGCACCUCUGGAGGGCCCAACUGCUAUCUUUGUACGACCCUGCUGGGCGUCCUGAUGUUGGUGACCUUGGGUCUGCUCUUCUGGCUCUAUUUGCGCGCCGCCCACCCACCUGCACACGCCGAACUCUAUGAUUGCUUCCGGAGCUAUGAGACACAGUUCCAGCUCUGGGACGCACGCCAUCGAGACUAUUGCUGCGACAACUUCGGCCGCGGCUGCGCUCACUUCGCCCCGUCCCCGCCAGUGCCGCAUCGGGUGCCGCACCGGGUGCCGCAGCACCGCGCGGUGGUGCAUCAUGUGAUCUACCGAAAGCCUCCGAGCAGCUUUGCCUUUGACUGCCACUCCGGCUACUCGAACUGGUACUUUGGAUGGUCCACGCACAAGAAGUCCUGGUGCUGUGAUCACAGGGGCAUGGGAUGCCCUGGAACCUGGCAUGGCAGCCACCAUGUCCACACACAUGUCAUGGCUCAUGGAGUGGGACAUGCAAAGGGUCGCAUCUACGACUGUGAUGCUGGCUUCUCGCGCUGGAUGACCGGCUGGUCGGACUCCAAGAAGGAUUGGUGCUGCCAUCAUCAAAGCAGGGGUUGCGUGAAGUUCCAUUGCACUGGCGUUGACAGCAGCUGGGCGGAAGCGAAGCGAUCCUGGUGCUGCAGCAACGUUCAGAAAGGUUGUCCACGCACCACUUUGUCUCCCUUGAAGUGCAAGACGCCCUGCACACUGAAAGGACAGACGAGUACUUGCCUGGAACGGAUUCAAUGGGUCACCAAGAACACCUACUCGGGCAAGGAAGCUGCCUGCAACCUGGCCUACAGCCGAGUGCAGGUCGAAUGUGACGUGUGUCGUGGCUGCUCGAUCCAGGAAGCUGGCUGUGAAGUUCAUGCUGGCAAGGAUCCCUUCGACUGCAAUGCGGCGUUGAACAAUUUCUUCCGAGCAUGGUCACCAGAGAAGAAGCAUUGGUGCUGCACCAAGCAGGGCAAAGGUUGCGAAGGCUCCAGCCCACCGAGUGUGGAUCCUGGCUUCGGCAUGAUUUGGAAGCACGUGCAGGUGAACGGCUAUUGGACCUGGCAGACUGUUCAUGCAGCUGGCGGAGUGCACACGAAGCUCCCAUAUGAUUGCCAUGCAGGGCUCAACAACUGGCAAAGCGGUUGGUCUGGUCCAAAGAAGUCGUGGUGCUGCAGCCAUCAGCAAUUGGGCUGUGGAGGUGCUGCCACGGAUGUCCAAUCCGGCAGCUGGAACCACGGUGGGGAUCACAUCGUCCAUCAUGUGGUGCAUCACGUGUACCACUAUCGAUCGAGAGGGAGUCCUUCCAUUCCAAGAUGA